AUGUCGUUCGGCAGCAGCUCGGCAGCAGGUGGCCCCCCCUGGAGGAACAACAGCUUCGUCCUGGGGGGGAGCCGAGACCCUCCUCUGUCCGACCAGGGAGAGACCAUCAUCGGAGUCUACCUGCUGCUGCUGGGCUGGUUGUCCUGGUUUGGAAACAGCAUUGUGCUCUUCGUCCUGUACAGACAGAGAGCCACGCUGCAGCCCACCGACUACCUGACCUUUAACCUGGCCGUCUCCGACGCUAGCAUCUCAGUGUUUGGAUACUCCAGAGGCAUCAUCGAAAUCUUCAACGUGUUCCAGGCCAGCGGCUACUUCAUCUCCUCCAUCUGGACCUGCCAGGUGGAUGGUUUCUUCACACUGGGGUUCGGUCUGGGCAGCAUCAACACACUGACAGUGAUCAGCAUCACCCGCUACAUCAAAGGAUGUCACCCCAGCAGAGCCCAUCACAUCAACAGGACCAGCGUGUCCCUGUGUCUGCUGCUGAUCUGGAUCACGGCAGGAUUCUGGUCUGGAGCGCCGCUGCUCGGCUGGGGGAGCUACACAGAUCGUGGGUACGGGACCUGUGAGAUCGACUGGGCUAAAGCAAACUACUCCAGCGUCUACAGGUCCUACAUCAUCUCCAUCUUCAUCUUCUGCUUCUUCGUCCCUGUGCUCAUCAUGCUCUUCUGCUACGUGUCCAUCAUCAACAUGGUGAAGAGAGGCAACGCUCUCUCAGCAGAGGGAGACCUGAGCGACCGCCAGAGGAAGAUCGAGAGAGACGUCACCAUAGUUUCAAUAGUGAUUUGUACAGCCUUCAUCCUGGCCUGGUCUCCGUACGCUGUGGUGUCCAUGUGGUCCGCCUGGGGCUUCCAUGUGCCGAACCUCACCAGCAUCUUCACUCGACUCUUUGCCAAGUCCGCCAGUUUCUAUAACCCCCUCAUCUACUUUGGACUCAGCUCCAAGUUCCGUAAAGAUGUCUCGGUCCUGCUGCCCUGUGCCCGUGACGCCAAAGACACAGUAAAGCUGAAGCGCUUCAAGCCGAAGGCCGACGGCCAUGGCCGCCCAGCCGCAGGAGGAGGAGCCAGACUCAAAGUUCCUCUGAACCAGAUCGAGAAGAAGUACUCACCCGGGAACCAGCCCAAGCCGGCCCCCAGCCCGGACUCUGGGAUGGGAAGUCCACCCUGCACGCCACCGCCUGUCAACAAGGAGGUGUUCUACAUCGACAUGUCCCGGCCCUCUGAGACGGGCUCUGAGUUUGAAUGUGAGAGACUCUGAGGAAUUCACUGGACCUAGAGAACGACCGGCUGUUGGUCUCUGAUGGAGCCAACCAGGCUGGUUAAACCAUGAACACAUGAAGUGUGACGGAGUGAUUGACUUCUGAUCAGAUCAGACUGACAUCAGCAGAGGGCACUGAUGUCACUGGGUCAUGAUUCCCAGCGUAGAGAAGAAGAAGACAUGACAGUUUCUGUACAACAUGUAGAACAAGUUUCUGGUGAGGGUUGCUGCAGGUUCACCAAGUUAAAUUUAAGACUUUUUGAUCUCACAGAGAAUUAAAUUCAAUAGCUGUUUCACUGUCAUACCAUCCAAAGUGUGAAAUUAUGACUGAAAACCAGAAGGGACUGUAUGGACUACAAUUAAUUACUUCAUCAUCAUCAAUUUUUUUCAGCACUUCCCAGCUGUAUGUAAUGAUAAUUCCUAAUGAUAUAAUUAAAUCAAUACAAAUGGAAAAUAUAAGAAUGGAUCAACCAAUUAAAAAUGAUAAAUUCAUUUAAGUUCAGCAGCUCAGUCCACUGUCACAACCAGACCAGUGUUAGUGUGAAGGUGGAGAACGUCUCCUGACAGACGCAGCCCCAGACACAAACAUUUAGAACUAAUGUCACUGUCCACAGCAGCCAAGAAAGAAAUAUUCAAGACCUUUGUAAAUGAAAUUGAAGACUUUUAAUACCUUCUACUGCCUUUUUUUGAGGGAACUGAAUUCUCUCCCACGGGACUUUUUAAGACCUGCAGAUCCCCUGCCCUUGGACAGCCUUCUGACUUGUUGCUGCUGGUUGAAAGCUGGAUUUGAAAUGUACUUUGCUCACGCUAGAGAGGCUUUCUGAAUCAGGUCCAACCUUCCUGUCCCAAUAAAUCAAUAGGCCUACAAACAUAUUACUAAAAGACACUAUGAAAACUAUUAUUAUAGGAGACGACUGGAAAACCUUGAGCUGUUCACAGUAAUUAAAACAAAAUAUAUUGUGGGUGAUGGAGACGGGGAGAGAUGGGUUGUAAUGUGAUAGAAAAAAAAAAAUCUCCCCCACCCUGGAGGUGGCGCUGCUGCAGCUCUUCAGCACCCCUACAUCUCUCAGCUGACCUACUCACUCACUCACCCUCUCUCCAAAAUAACCAGUCAUCUAUCGCAUACAAAUGACAAUCAGCAUAUUUUCAUAACCAUUUUGGGGAUGAAUCUCUUAAUAGUGUCACCUACGUGUGGAAGAUGAAAUACAAGAAUGUUAGAAAGAAAACACAUGGGUUUGAUAGUAGAAUGAGUAAAAGGCACAGAAUGAGUUAUAGCUUGUAGGCUCCCGCAUACACCUGACGCCUCUAAGUCAGACUGAUGAAGCUUCACAUUAACUUCAGAUAAAGUUUAGAAAAUACUUCACACAGAAUGAGGACUGUGGACUUUGGCUCCAUCACUUCCAUCAGAAAUAUGUUGUGCAGAGACCUGUUAAGAUGUUCAUAUGGACACACGAGUUUUGGUUUUAGAAUGACUUGUAAAUACACAAAAAUACAAUAUGCACAGUUCAACUAAAGCACACCAACAUUAAUCAAAAGGUUUUUCAUGCUCAACAUUUUAGUAACUGUCUCAGAGGAUAUUGCAGUAAC